AUGUUUGGUGUCCCAUACAAGAACAAUAUGGGAAAAGAAGAGGAGGAAAAUCUGCUGGAAACCACCGAGAUAUCGUCACAGUCGUCGAAGAGGGACCUACAGCUUCUGCCCCUCCUUCUCAUUAUUUCUGUCUCAUUUAAUAUUUUUUUUGCGUUUCUCGGCUUCUUUACUUCAACUCAUAAACAAGAUUCAAUCGCUAAGGCAUCAUACGAAAAUGGAUUUCCCUCGGAUCUCGAACCUGCCCGGAGCGAAAUUGAAUUAGUCGUUAAAAGUUUCUCAGGGGGUGUCGAAUUGAAUAGCGAAGGCCACUUCUUCACAGAUCAGGGGGGACACGAAUACGUUGGACCACCCGAAUCAGCAGUUGAUGAAGCGUGGGAAAUGCUUCUAGGAGGAUUGAAUCUUGACUUCGAUAAAAAUGAAGUAAAUCUAGCAGACUCGACGUUCCAAUGGCCAGAAUCAGGCUUCUACUUCAGCGGGCUGGAUGUAUAUCAUUCACUCCAUUGUUUGAACCGUCUCCGUCAGGCGAUGUAUCCCGAUUACUACACCCAUGUUUUCGACAGGCCAAUGGAUCCAUCACGCGUUAACCACAUAGGUUUGUUAGAUCACUGCAUUAACCAUAUCCGGCAGUCACUCCAAUGUCACGCAGACCUAACGCCUAUGGAAUGGAGGCUCGUUGGGUCUAAAAUCAUUUUGAAGACGGAUACUCGCCACACUUGCAGAAAUUUUGACAAGAUUCAUGCUUGGGCAACUUCACAACGUACUCGGUUUGAGACCAUUCAAAGUUUCCUUAACGGCAGCCUUCGUAUUGUAGAUUAG